AUGAUCAACGACAAGGACGGAAAUCAUUAUAUUGGGAUUGAUGUAGGUACUGGCAGUGCCCGUGCCUUUGUCAUUGACCAUAAGGGCAACAUUGUUGGUCUCGCAUCGCAAGACAUCAAAACAUGGCAACCGCAUCCGGAAUAUUACGAACAAUCGACCGUCAACAUCUGGGAUAGUAUAUGCGCAGCAGUCAAGCAAGCAGUUCAGCAAUGUGGCGUGCCAUCAUCCAACAUCCGAGGUCUCGCAUUUGAUGCCACUUGCUCCCUGGCUGUUUUCAGCAAGGACACCGACGAUCCAGUCUCUGUCAGUGGUUCAGAACUCAGUGAUGACCGCAAUGUUAUUCUAUGGUUGGAUCAUCGCGCGGUGGAUGAGACCAAGACAAUCAAUGCGACCGGUCACCCUGUCCUACAGUACAUCGGGGGCGGGAUGUCCCCGGAAAUGGAGAUGCCUAAGAUCCUCUGGCUGAAGAAGCAUAUGAAUCCAGGCAAGUUCCAUGACUGCAAAUUCUAUGAUCUCGCAGAUGCCCUCACCCACCUGGCGACCGGAAAAGAGACUCGCAGUUACUGCAGCGUAGUUUGCAAGCAGGGUUAUCUUGCAACUGGCAUCGACUGUGGCGAGGAGGGUUGGCAAUUGGACUUUUUGAUUUCAACCGGCCUCGAAGAUCUUGCUACUGAUGACUUUGUACGACUUGGCGGUAUCAACGGCAAGAAGGGCCAGUAUCUCAGUGCCGGCGAGUGCGUGGGACCACUAGGUGAAAAAGCUGCUGCGGAUCUAGGGCUCUCGCCCGGUAUCGCCGUCGGUAGAGGAGUUAUCGACGCAUAUGCAGGUUGGAUUGGCACGGUUGGUGCAAAGGUUGACCUCGGACUCGAUAGCUCGGCGGACCAGAAAGAACAUCUCUCGCAUCGCUUGGCGGUAGUUGCCGGCACAUCAACCUGUCAUUUGGCAAUGUCGAACGAUGAGUUGUUCGUCCCUAGGAUCUGGGGCCCUUAUCGGGAUGUUCUCUUUCCUGUUGCGUAUCUUGCCGAGGGAGGCCAGUCGGCUACGGGGGAGCUCAUUCGACAUAUUGUUGAGAGCCAUCCCGCCUACUCCGAGCAAAGACGGCAGCGGAGACGGCCGGCGUCCAUAUUUACGACUUCCUUAACGACUACCUUCGCAAAGAAGCCAAGCAAACCCAGAGUUUAUCGCACUGCAACACGCCAGAUUGUUGAUACGAUGAACGAGCACGGGCAUCAAAUCUCGACGAUAUUCAUGUCAGGCUCCCAGACGCAAAACGACCUCCUGGUCCAUUUAAUCGCCUCCGUUUGCAGAGUACCAGUGGUACUCCCCGAAUAUGUUCAUGCUGCUGUCUGCCAUGGUGCUGCUAUGCUAGCCGCUAUGGCAGCCAGUGGAGGCCCCGGGCCAAAGUCGAAAGAUUUGUGGGGUAUCAUGGGCCAAAUGAGCAAGCCUGGCCGACGCGUGGACACUACCACCAAUACGCACGAGCAAGGGCUUCUCGAGGCCAAGUAUGAGGUAUUUUUGGACAUGUGUUUCAAGCAGCGUGAAUACAGGGAACUUGUGGAUAAACGACUCAACACAGCGGAAUAG